UUCUCAUUGAGGUCCAUAUUACAGUGUUUUGUUUGUGGGUUUAGUCUGGAUUAAAAAUAAAUGCCAACGACUGAAGCUAAUUAGCUAGCUAGCUAGCUUAGCAACCCACAUACUUAAAAUCUACGAUAGCUAGGGUUAGCUAGCGCUAGCAAGCUGAGUUAAAUAGCUGGGUUAGCUAGCUAGCUUAUCGUUGUUUCUUAGCUAGCGUCAACUAAGCAAGCAAAAACAACUCAUGUCAGUGCAUGUGCGUUUUGAGAUAACGCGUAUUGGCUAGUUCUCCACAUUGUAAGCAACUGAAUGAAGUAACUCGUUAUUAUUGGUUUAGCCCUCUUAGUAUAAAUAUACGAGUAAAUUUAAAUGACUGUUGUUUGACACUUUUUCUUAGCAAGCUAGCUAAGUAGCUCAUUGGGUGUAAAAUAGCUAGGUAAGUUAGGUUAACUGGCUUGCUAGUUAGGUUAGGUUAACUACCUAGUCAACUAUCUAGCUAGCUAUCCUAGUUGGAUAGUUGAUGUGGGAUGACAAUUGGAGGAAUCUGGGCAUUUUGGUAACCUACAUGUAAUGUUUAGCUCUUUCCAUUUGCCGUUAACGUCUCAGACACAAAAACUAAAAUCCUUAGCAUUCACUUUAGUUUUUAUCAUGUUACUGAACGUUAUAGCUAACUAUCAUUUUAUGAUAUUAUUUUGAAGACUUUCUCGUAGAAUUUCAGUAUCUUGCAUUGCGAUAUCGGGCUGAGCACAUAAAAUACAUUUGGAUGUUGUGACGUGAGGGUUUUGUGAUCAGUCAUGAUGGCACUACCAGCAGGCUAUUUAGGCUGUCUUUGACGUGUUUAUUUUGUGGUUACGUGACUGCUGUAGGGUCUUUUUACAGCAUCCAGCAAGCAUUGUGUAGAAUAAUCUGCAUCUCACUGCCUUGUUUAGUCUUUCUGUAGUAAUGUGUUUAAUUGUCUCAUAGAAACUAUUUCAUCAGACAGACGUGAUACAAGAUUUUAUGUAGGUCUGGAUGCCCAAAAGGGGCCCUGGAGGGAGGGAGUGAGCAGCUUGCCUUCCUUGGGUGAAUAUCCCACUACCCUGGACAUUAUGGCCCCUCGACGGAAAUCUACCAAGACACGGAAUAUGGGAGGAGGAAUGGGGACUUUAAGCUCUUUACAAGAAGGGGAUCCCAAAGAUUACAUAAAUGAACUUUCACAUGAGGUGCUCUGCCACAUAUUUCGGUACCUGCCCAUGCAGGACAUCAUGUGCAUGGAGUGUCUGUCACGGAAGCUACAGGAAGCAGUAACUCUUUACUUGAGGGUGGUGAAAGUGGUGGACUUAUGUGCAAGCCGGUGGUGGGAAUACAUGCCUUCAGGAUUCACAGACUCAAGUUUCCUCACACUCCUGAAGAAGAUGCCUGAUUUAGAGCAGUUGUAUGGUUUGCAUCCACGUUACCUAGAGCGCAGAAGGGUGAGGGGAUAUGAAGCUUUCAGUAUUCCCGGUGUUCUGGAGGCUCUUCAGGCCUGCCCUAACCUUCUGGGUGUGGAGACAUCUCAUUUGGAGCUGGUGGAAGCAAUUUGGAACUACAUGCCUCAGGUUCACAUCCUUGGAAAGUUCAGGAAUCGCAAUGGAGCCUUUCCUAUUCCCCCUGAGAACAAACUCACUAUUCCAGCUGCAGCUAAAAUCCAGACCCUUCAUCUUGUUGGGGUCAAUGUACCAGAAAUUCCUUGUGUGUCCAUGCUUAGACAUUUGUAUAUGAAGUGGGUGCGCCUUACAAAGCCUCAGCCCUUCAAAGACUUUUUGUGUGUGAGCCUGCGAACGUUUGUCAUGAGAAACUGUGCUGGUCCCACCAACUCCUUGAAGUAUGUGCCACUGGUGACGGGCUUGGCCUCUGCCCGUAACCUGGAGCAGCUAGAGCUUGUAAGGGUCCCCUUCUUAGGGGGACUGAUACAGCAUGUAGUGGAGGACAGCUGGAGGUCAGGGGGUUUUCGAAAUUUGCACACUAUUGUGUUUGGUGCAUGUAAGAAUGCACUUGAAGUUGACUUGGGCUACCUCAUCAUUACUGCUGCACGCAGGCUGCAUGAAGUUCGAAUCCAGCCUUCCUUAACCAAAGAUGGCGUGUUCUCAGCACUAAAGAUGGCUGAACUUGAGUUUCCCCAGUUUGAGACUUUGCACCUUGGAUAUGUCGAUGAGUUCUUACUACAGUGUAAAUUGAGUCAUACUGAGUUAGUGAAAUAUGGCCUUGCUGAUGUAAUAGAGAAUCCAGGGAUCAUCACUGAUAUUGGAAUGAAGGCUGUUAAUGAAGUAUUUGCCUCAAUCAAAUAUUUAGUCAUUUACAACUGCCCUCAUCUCCACAACCCACACAACUGGAUCACAGACCAUUCUCGUUGGAGCAGACUGGUGGAUCUCACUCUAGUGCGUUGUCAUGCCAUUAAACUUGAGUCUUUUAGCCAAUUUAUUGAAAUGCUGCCCAAUCUGGAGUUCAUCUCCCUAGACCAGAUGUUCCGUGAGCCCCCCAAGGGUUGUGCUCGGGUCGGUCUUAGUGCAGGCACAGGUAUUGGUGUAUCAUCUGCUCUGGUUAGUAACCAGAACCCUAACAACGGCAACGACAACAACAACAAUCACCAGAACAACAAUGCUGCUAAUAUUCCUCCACGUAAUCGUGACAACCAUGCUGUUGACAUGCCACCACACAGAGUUGAAGAGAUCCCUGAUGUGGAGGGCAUGGUGGUGGAGAACAUUGAAGCAGAGCCACAGGCUACAGCUGCCAGUCAAGGGGAAGAUUCUCAAGGGCUCUGUCAGGCACAAAAUCCUGCACUAGAGGAUGAAGAGCAAGCAGGGCCCAGUGGUGUGCAGCCUGCCAUGAAGAAAAUUCCAGUUGUGGUGUCUGAUUCUGACAGUGAGGAUGAAGAAGGUCCAGUCAAGACCCAGGACAGUUUUCACUCACAGCAGCAGUACGAUGAGGCAGAUAUGCAGAAGAAGAAUGGGGCUGCAGAAGAACCAGCUUCAAGAGGGAAAGGGAAAACCCCACUGCGUCGACGGGGUUCGCAGUGUCCCAGCUGUGAGAAAGGCUGUCAGGUGACCAGUGAGCAGAUCAAAGCAGACAUGAAAGCAGCCAGCGAAUUGACCGAGGACAGUGCCCGAGACAGAAAUAGUGGAGCUGCUGGCCACAACACCGCCGGGUGUGUCUGCUCCAUCCGCUGGAGAGAGGAGUCCGUAAACCCCGAGGGGCGAGCAAGGUCAGGAGCAAGGGAAGAAGGCCCAAUGAGGACACGUUGCGCUUGCAUCCGGGCUCAUGCUGGCGCUGAGAGCAGCACUCGCACCACCCUUAGCCAGCCAGGAGGAGGAGAGAGCAGAUCGGCUCACCAUGUCCCUGAACAGACAGCCAAGGCAGAGCAGUCUGAGACCAGGCACAGAAAUGCCCCUCCAAGGAUUCCGAGCGCCGCUGAGGGGUGUGGCACUGCAGGGCUCCAGGGAGAAGCUGUUCCUUCACAUAGAACCUCCAGGGACAUGUUUUUCAGGCGGCCGGUCACACGUGCUUGCAGCAGGCUGUGCUCCGUCCCCCUAGUGUCUGAAUCAGAACUCUCCAAGCCCAAACCUCGGGCUGCAGUAAAAAGGAAGCGCACAGCAGACAAAUCCACCAGCACUAGUGACCCAGUGACUGAGGAUGACCAUAUACAGGUGCUCUCACUAAAAUCAAAAAACCUUGUGGGGAUUACCCUCACAAACUGUGGUAUCACAGACCUGGUGCUGAAGGACUGCCCUAAAAUGAUGUUUAUCCAUGCCACUCGCUGCAGGGUACUGAAGUACCUAAAGGUGGAAAGUGCUCCCAUAGUGAACCGCUUUGAUUAUGCCCAGUGCAAGAAGCUGGACAUCGAACAGGUCCUGGAUCAAGUCUUGAGCAUACCACCUGAGAGGAAUCGUAUUGUCUACAUGCGUCCUAUGCAACAGAUUGAUUCGUUGGCCCUGGAGAAAAAACUGUUCAGUGGUCCCUACCCAUACCACAUAGCAAUUAUCCAUGAGUUCAGCAACCCCCCCAAUGUCAGAAACAAGGUGCGAGUUCGGAGCUGGAUGGAUACUGUUGCCAACAUCAGUCAAGAACUAAUAAAGUAUGAAUUCUUCCCGGAGGCAACAAGAACAGACGAAGAUGUAAAAAAGUAUCCCAACUACCCAUGGGGCCGAGACAUCUAUACCUUAGAGGGAGUGGUAGAUGGGGCCCCCUACUCAAUGGUCACCGAUUUCCCAUGGCUUCGCUCCCUGCGCACAGCAGUGCCCAACAGUUAUGCUCGUUAUGACUUUGAGGAUGAUGAAAGCACCACCAUCUAUGCCCCACGACGUAAGGGCCAGCUUUCAGCCGAUAUCUGCAUGGAGACCAUUGGUGAGGAGAUCUCGGAGCGGCGCCAGCUGCGGCUGGGGGUGUUCCAGCGUGUGGUUGUUGUCUUCAUCCACUACUGUGACAUGCACGGAGAACCUGUGGAUGAUGACUACAUUUAAAGGCAGAGUGCAGGACAAUCUAAGAUGCAUGAAUGAAAUGCAGAACACUUUUUCCUUCAUCGUUUUCGAUGACCAUCGUUAUUACAAUUUGGGCCUGUUGGAAACAGAUGAAAUGGCAUUUUCAGUUACUUUUAUUUCAAGAACCGUGGAUGUUAUCUUAUGGAGAGUGACUGCUUUGGGUAUGCUAUUGUGUGGUAUUCAUCCUCUAUUAAGAAAUCAUCUAAAAGCCCCUGCAAGCUGUCUCUGCUUUUUGAUUCACAUGGGCAGAAGAUAUUAAUCUCUCAGUAAUGUCUAACUCAUCUGUCUGAAAGGAGCAUUCCAGGAUUGGCAGAAUUAACUUGUGAGGGUUUUGGGAGAAGUUGAUGGUUUUAGAAUAACAAUUGAAAAAAGUUGUGCUGUUUCAGCUGUCAUUCCUCAGCAAAGUGCUGUGUCCUGUUUGUUAAUGUUAAAGCAGCAGCAUUUCAGAGUUCACAGCUACAGCGCCCACAUCUGGUGUGGAGAAAGAUGCACGAUUUGCUAAGCAUCCAGCUACACACUUGAGGUGCAUUCCUAAAAAAUAUCAAGUUUCUCAUUUUGCUUAUGGCAUUCAUUUAUUUAUAAUUUUUUAGUAAUCCCCAUGUUUUAGUGUUUUCCUCUCAUCUUUCCUCAACUCAGUUAUUAGCAUUGAGAAUGUAUAUGCCCUUUUGCACAUAUUUAAACAAAUCACGUUAUGAGAUGUUUUUGAGUGUAACCAACCCCCCCGAUAUGAAGCGUUAUAAUGGUUUAAAAAAUGGUUAGUUACUAAAGGUUUUUCUCAGUCAGGUCAACAUUUUUAUAUUAGGCAUUACAAAAAUAAAGAACAUUUCCUGUUUAUUUGUAGAUGAAACUAUAUACUCUUUGAGAAAAAUGUGAAAACAACCAAAUCAGGUUAAUGACCUAUAAAUACAAUGGAUGAGAGAAAGUAAUUGUUAGUAAACUCCCAGUAUUUUGUGUCUUUGGGGGAAAUUCCUCUAGUCUCAUUUUAUUUUUUGCCUCAUCUAGUUUUGGCUCUUUCGUAGAAGAUGGAAAGAUACAGCGACUGAUGGUAUGUGGAGCAAAGGAAAACACAUGUCAUAAUCUCUGAUGUGAUGCUGAGCAGAUAAACAUAUGAGCAAACCUUUUUGUGUCUAGUCUUAAGAAGGUAACAUAAAGAGCCGAAAAGCCAUUUCAGGUCUGGUUCUAUGAAUUUGCUCGAUGGCACCCUUUACUAAUAUUUAUGGGUUGACUAAACCCACGAUAAACACUGCAGGAACCUGUGUAUGAAGUUUAUGUACAGAAAAACACCUUUAUUAUAAAUCUGAGAUUUGUUUUAUAUGUUUAUAUAAAAUAAUUUCACAUAAUAAAAAGGGAUAAUUUA